UCCCUCACCCUCCCGUCUCUGACCUGCAAAACCCUAAUCACUUCCGCCCGCCGUUUCUUUUUCUUCUUCAUUUGGUACCAGGUACCCAAUAUCCAUCUCUUAUCUCGCGACUCUCUCCCUACCAAGCUACCUACAUCUACGUCUUAGGUACGCAAUCUUCAUCUCUUAUCUCGCGACUCUCUCCUUACAAGGCUGCCUACGUCUCCGUCUUUGAUCAAAAUUCAAAAGUCAUGUUUCCAUCGUGAGGGCUUCGAUUCAGGGCAUUGUUCUUGACAUCACAGUGACUUGUUUUGGAAGGUGCAUAUGUUAUCGUUUCAUCAUACAAGUAGAUUUUUUUACCUAUUAUUAAGAGAUGUUGCCUAGUGAUUCAACCAAGAAGCUGUCUUUUACUCGUUGCAUUAAAGAUGGAGAUUUAGUUGUUGUCUAUGAGAGGCACAAUGUGAUGAAAGCAGUUAAAGUAUGUGAGACUGCAGUACUCCAGAACCGUUUUGGUGUCUUUAAGCAUUCGGACUGGAUUGGAAAUCCCUUCGGAUCCAAGGUGUUCAGCAACAAGGGUGGAUUUGUUUACUUGCUGGCUCCAACUCCUGAGUUGUGGACUCUGGUUUUGAGCCACAGGACCCAGAUUCUCUAUAUUGCAGACAUUAGCUUUCUCAUCAUGUAUAUGGAAAUAGUUCCUGGUUGUUUGGUUCUUGAGUCUGGAACUGGAAGUGGAUCUCUAACGACGUCACUUGCAAGGGCUGUUGCUCCUACAGGACGAGUUCAUACCUUUGAUUUCCAUGAGCAACGGGCUGCCUCUGCUAGGGAAGAUUUUGAGAAAACAGGAGUGAGCAACUUAAUCACUGUGGGAGUUAGGGACAUUCAGGGUGAGGGGUUUCCAGUAGAAUUUUCUGGGUUGGUUGAUUCAGUUUUUCUGGACCUACCUCAACCUUGGCUGGCCAUUCCUUCAGCUGCAAAAAUGUUGAAACCAGAUGGCAUUUUGUGCUCUUUCUCACCUUGCAUUGAGCAAGUUCAACAGUCAUCUGAAAUGCUCAGGUCAAAAUUCACAGAUAUUAGAACAUUCGAGGUGCUCCUUCGUAGUUAUGAAGUUCGGGAAGUGAAGAAUUUCCUUGUAGAUGAAAUUGGUUCCCCAAAGUUUCCUCCACGCAAAAGGAGACAGUGUUCAAGAGAAGAAAGCAACGCGCAAGGGAGUUCAAGUUCUUCAACCAUCAUGGCUAGACCAUGUGGUGAGGCCAGAGGUCACACUGGCUAUUUGACUUUUGCAAGACUUAAAUGCCUCUUUUGAAGUCACAGUUUUGUCCAUGUGGUCGUCGGGUAGAGUAGUAUUGUACCAAUGUGUUUUUCCAUCAGGAAACACUCUAUUUGCAUCCAACAUCUUGGUCACUAUUUGGCCUUUUUUUAAUGAUUUAUAUGGUUUCUCGGGACCCUCAUGACUCGUGUAUACUUUUGUAGUGGUUUAGCUUUCUGUUAGUCAGGCAUUAUGAUACUCUGUGUGGACACGCCCUGUUUUAUUAAAUGUUGGAACAGGUAAAAAUUUUUUGAAGAAUUUACA